AUGCUUGCAGCGCUUCUCGUGCUGCCGCUCACCCUCGGGCUCCCGCUCGACAUCUUCUCCAACGACGACAAGCAGGUAAGGCGUGUCCAGAAGCCAUCUCACGUCGAGCUGCUUUCAGGGGCUGCAAACGCUCGAAGUCAGCAAGCCGCUGGGUGAUGUCAGCGGGCUCGCCGUUGACAGAAAAGGCCGAGUCGUCGCUUUCCAUCGCGCCGGCCGCCAUUGGGAUGAAUUGUGAGUUCUGUGAGGCAACGUUUUUGAGUUAUCUGUGCAAUAUUACAAGCAGAGCUGUGCGUUGGGCCAGGCCACAAAAUCUCAUUUCACAUAGUCGGUUUUCCAAAUAGUGUCCCGACUUGAAAUUUCAUGAAACGACACUCCGCUGCGUGGCCUUGUGGUCGUGGAAACCUUUGCGAAUCUCAGUCGCGCUUUCUAUCUUUUCUUUUAUUCGAAAAUCGCGUAAUUUUUAUAAAUGAAAAAUUUUAUCACUCACUGGCCAAGCUCUGUGAAAAUUUCAAAACAAAAUUUUCGGUAAUUUUCGACCGCUUCGCGACCUCGUUGCAACAAUGUGGACUUCCCGGCCAACCCAGCGCACAACUCCGACUACGAUUUUUCAAAAAAUCGACCCAAAAUCCAUGGAAUGACUCUCAGAAGCGGAGUAUUUUUACUCAAAACUGGAACUUCUGAAGUUUGCCUAUAGUCUCGUAGUCUGUGUGCCACGACUUGAAAUUUCAUCGAACGACAUUCCGCUGUUCCGCUGCGUGCGUUCGCGAAGCGUCUUUUGAAUCUAGGUCACGUUUUCAAUUGAUUGUUAUUGCUGUGAGAGUACAUGAAAGUAGAGUACCUUAACAAAAGAAAAUUAAAAUUAAAAGCGCGAACAAGAUUCGCAAAGGCGCGCAGUGGCGCAGCAGAAUGUCGUUCCGUGAAAUUCCAAGUCGUGGCACACAGACUAUUUGAGAGAUGUUUCGUAUCACUAAAUGAAGUCUCAAAAGAAUAGUUGGAAAAUCGAUUUUUUGAGAACUCAGGUGUAGAUUCUCAUCAAAAAGAAGUCAGAUAAAUGAUAGAAAUUUUUUUUUUCAAUAGCUCUCCUGAAAAUCGAGUGUGUAAUUGAGCCUUUGUGGGUUGGUAGGCCUUAAUAAGUUCAGCUAAAAUUUUAGGGCAAUUGAGUAAAAGCUCUUCAAAACUUCAAAGCUUGUUUUCCCGCGCUCGAUCAGAAAUCGUCGGCGUAGUUCAGUGAUAGUGCUCUUGCGAACUGUCACCGACCCACAAAGUCUCAAUUAUCAGCCUGAAGUUCAGAGGAGACCAUACCCUAGUUCAAAAAAAUUGCAGAACUUUUGACGAGGAAACGAACAAGUUCAACAAGUCGUUAGGGGUCCUACGCGCCCCCACAAUUGCCGUUAUCGAGCCUAAUGGAAAGGUAUUCGUUUAUAUAUAUUCAGUAGGAAACGAGAAAAAUAGUUAGAAGAUCACAGAGAUAAUGGUCAUAACUGCAGGUUGUGAAAGAGCUUGGGGAAAAUGUUUUCUACUUGCCUCACGGGAUGACGAUCGACCGCGAAGGCCACUUCUGGGUUACUGAUGUCGGCAGCCAUCAGGUUCUCGGGAGAGAACUCCUCGUCCAACUUCAAGCUUCAGGUUCACAAGCUGGACGGCGAAAGCGGCAAGGUGCUUCUGUCGCUCGGCGAGAAACUCGUGCCAGGCGGAGACGAGAAACAUUUCUGCAAGCCGACCGACGUCGCCGUCGCCUCGAACGGCGUCUUCUUCGUCGCUGACGGAUAUUGCAACCGCCGCGUGCUCAAGUUCAGCCCCAGCGGAGAGCUUCUCGAUGUCAUCCAGGCUGCCAUCGGUCAGAUCUUUCGAAAAACCUGAAAAAUUACUUAGAAUGUAACCAUAAGAUGUUCAAAGUAAUUUGAGAGAUUGCAAAAUCCCCCUAUAGGGUCCACUUGAGCUUUAGGGGCUAAGGGGUCAAUGCCGUGUUCAAAGUAACUUCUGCGAAACGUAAAAUGGUCUAUCUAAAAUUUAGUUAUUUUUUCAUUCUCUGAUGGCUUUUUUCGAACACGACAUAUACCCCUGAAGGGACCACCUUAAUUUUACCCCUCUGGGGACCACUUUUCGACCCCAUAUGGUGGUCCCCGAACACCUUUAGGGACCCCUCUGGAACUCCUAAAAAGUUGAAAAAAUAAAUAAGCCUCGAGCCAACCAAUUUCGAAAAUUCCAGAAGAAGGCGAGCCUGAUUCUUUCGACGUGCCGCACUCGCUCACUCUCGUCGAGGAUAUGAACAUGCUCUGUGUUGCCGACAGGUACCAUUGGCAAUACAAAAAUUGCAUGAAAAGGCUAUAAAAAAUGGAAUGGCAAAUUUUGAUAGGUUUUUUUACAACGUGAACCCGAACUGUUUCGAGAAUCACUAAGACCGGGUCGGACUUUGAAUAUGACCGGGAGACCGAUAGGACAAGCCUGGACCUUGGUAACGCGAACCGUAGGAUCCCUGAACAUUUCUGAGCGUUCCUAGAAAAUAUUUAAGAGUCGUCACUAAAGGGAUCACUAGAUAUUCUCAGAAAAGGUCGGGGUUCGUCGGUUUGCGUAGAUUUUCUUCUAUUAUUUUUCACUUUUUUUCAAAUUUUUACUACUGAAAGGCGUUCUUCUUCCAAAAAUACUGAAUUUUUGAUCGAAUCAAACCAACCUAAUGUAAGUCGAAUUUGCUAUUUUCUGGUUAUUCACAGGGAUAACGAACGUGUUCAAUGCUUUUCGGCAGGACUGGCCGAAGGAACACGCCGAGUACCGCCAGGUAUCCCGAUCACUUCCGCCAAGGACAUUGGUCGCGUUUUCGCCAUCCGAGAGAAAAGUCAGUAUUUUUAGACAAAAUUAUCCGGUUCUGAAUUAAUUACAAAUAAUACGACCAGAGUGAAGAAAGAAAAAAGUAUGACUCGUUUUAACAAGCAAUUUUCCGUUUUUUGAAUUGCAUUUUGCGCGUUUGGGUGUAGGAUUGCGUCAUUCUGCUGCUUGGCGUGUUUUAACCUCAAAACUUCCGAAAAUUUUAAUUCAAAUUAUCUUUUUUUGUGUUUUUCUUGAAACAUGUUUAAGUAAUUAUUGUUUUCUGCUUUAUCUAGCUGUUGGAAACUACUUUUAGAAAAGUUUAGAAGAAGUAACCUUUGAAAUCAAAAAUUUUUAAAAAAAUUUUUUUGGAUGGUUUAUUCCAAUUUCUGGAUUUAGUUUAUGUAGAAGUUGUGAAAUAAGUUAACAAUUAUGUUUAACACAGUCUACUUAAUGUUCAACAACAGAAAACCGGUUUGAAAACGGUUCAGAAAUGCGCAAAUUGAAUUAAAAAUAAAGCGUGCGGCAGCGGGUAAACCGUAAGAGCCUCCAGUUGUACGUCGCUGCUUUUUUGGCCAUAAUUGUUUCUUUUGCCUAAUUGUCUUACUUGAUAAGGCUUUUCCUUGCGAUUGUUGGGAAAAAAUAAUUCGAUAAUUCGUCGUUUCGAAAAUACCCAUUCAACGAUUUCCGAUGGUUUCUUUGACUCUGAGAGUCGCUUUGUCAAGAAAAAAGAAGAAAUUGAAGGUUGAACUUCUUCUGCGAAAGUUAAAGUAAAUUGAUGUGGUGAACUUUCAGAAAAUGGUCGUACAAAAAGUAUACAUGACGACCUUCUUUUUUAGAAGUCUUGAAGAUGAAACGGGAACUGGUUUACAGAUCACUAUUUGUUCGGCGUGACGGCUGACGGCGAGGUCGACGCUGAGUCGAAGGUGUUCGUGAUGGACAUGGAGUCGGGGGAGACGACCACCAUCGCCAAGAGCGUCCCCAACGCCCACGCCGUCGCAGUCUCCGACGACGGAACAGUCUACGUGUCGCAACUACAGCCCAGCCGUAUCGUUCGCUACAGCCUGGCGUAA